CCUCAGACCUUGCAGAAAGUGAGAGAACAAAAGCAUGUGGUGUUUAUAUAAGAGCAACUUCUGCAGUGAAACUUUCGCAGUUAUACAGAGAGCAGCGAUGGCACAUAAAGUAGUUGAGCUGGACCCAGAUGCAUUUUGUUGUUGGAUCUGUUUGGAUCUGCUGAAGGAUCCGGUGACUGUUCCCUGUGGACACAGCUACUGCAUGGGCUGUAUUAAAACCCACUGGGACGAAGGGGAUGACAGGAAAAUCCACUGCUGCCCUCAGUGCAGACAGGCCUUCACACCGAGGCCUGUCCUGGUGAAAAACACCACGUUGGCAGUUUUAGUAGAAGAGCUGAAGAAGACUGGGCUGGAAGCUGCUGCUGAUCACUGCUAUGCUGGAGCUGAAGAUGUGGCCUGUGAUUUCUGCACUGGGAGGAAACUUAAAUCUGUCAAGUCCUGUCUUCAGUGUCUGGCUUCUUACUGUGGGAAACACCUUCAGCCUCAUUAUCAGUCCCUUACUUUUAACAAACACAAGCUGGUCGAACCCUCGGAGAAGCUCCAAGAGAACGUCUGCUCCUGUCACAAUGAGGUGAUGAAGUUGUUCUGCCGCUCGGACCACCAGUGCAUCUGUUACCUCUGCUCUGUGGAGGAACACAAAGGCCACGACACAGUCUCAGCUGAAACAGAACACAGCGAAAAGCAGAGAGAGCUGAAGGUGAACUGGCAGAGAAUCCAGGAGCGAAUCCAGGACAAAGAGAAAGGUGUGAAGGUGCUGCGACAGGGGGUGGAGGCCAUCAGUCGCUCUGCUGACGAAGCGGUGGGGAAGAGUGAGGAGAUGUUUGCUGAGCUGAACCGACUCAUAAAGAAAUGGAGGAGUGACGUGAAGCAGCAGAUCAGAUCCCAGCAGGAAACCCAAGUGAAGCGAGUCAAAGAGAUGGAGAAGAAGCUGGAGGAGGACAUCACCGAGCUGAAGAGGAUGGACGCUGAACUGGAGAAACUCACACACAUUGAGGAUCACAAACAGUUCUUACACAGUUACCCCUCAUUGUCAAAAAUCACUGAAGCUACAGACUCCUUCAGUAUCGAUAUGUUUUCUCUGCGUUACUUUCAGGACGUGACGGCAGCUGUGUCAGAGCUCCCACUUAAACUCCAGCACAGUCUGAGCGAGGAGUGGACCAACAUCUCACUGAGGCUCACACAAGUGGAUGUUUUACUCUCAAAGUCAUCGCCCGAGCCACAAACCAGAGCGGAUUUCUUAAAAUACUCCUGUAGAAUCACACUGGAUCCAAAUACAGUAAACACACAGCUGUUACUGUCUGAGGGGAACCAAAGAGUAACACAUGUGCAUCAAAAACAGACGUAUCCUGCUCAUCUAGACUGAUUCCAUCAGACAGGUCAGGUCCUGAGCAGAGAGAGUCUGACCGGUCGUUGUUACUGGGAGGUGGACUGGAGCGGGAAGGGCAGGGUGUCUGUCGCAGUAACAUACAAGGAUAUUAAAAGAACUGGUGAGCCUGAGUGCCUUUUUGGAUACAACGACAAAUCUUGGGCUCUAUAUUGCUUCAAAUCCACUUAUUCAUUUUGGUACAACAGCGCCGGCUCUUCUAUCUCAGGUCCGGUUUCCUCCAGAAUCGGGGUGUACCAGGAUCACAGAGCUGGUAUUCUGUC